CUUUUAGCCUACCAAAAAUUAGGCAGUUCUUAACUGUACAAUUUGAGCUGCAGAGUUUAAUUAGCACAAGAAUGAGGAGAGUACCAACCGUAUUAUUUCAAGCUGGUAAAGCUAUUGGAGAUUUGGAUUUGCUCAAAAUUGUGCAAUCUGAAAUCAACCACGAACUCUCCGCUAAACCUUUUCAGAAUGAUGAAAGUAGAAGCUUUGGAGAUUUUGUUGUAGAUUGGGAUUCACCACAAUCUCAAGAUGUGGUUCUACGCAGGAGAUGCGAAUCAGGGGAGGAAGUUGCUGUUUCUGCUUUAUUGGGUGCUGAGAGCUCUAAUGAAAAUGUGAAAUUUCCCAGGGAAGCUUUCAUGAAAGUAGGUGUGAAGAAGCCUGGCUUGAGUUCCGUGCUAGAGUUUGAUUGUGUAGCAACUGCCCAAGUUGGUGAUGGUUGUGACUUUGAAAUUCAAAACGUGAACUACAUUCUAUCAUCAGCCCUGGAUUCUUCAGCCUUCAAAGGUCCCUCGUUCAGUUUUUUCAGUUCAUUAGAUCAAAAACUUCAAGAUGAGCUCUACAAAUAUCUAGAAGCAAGAGGAGUUAGUAAAAGUUUCGCGGAUUCACUCUUGCUCCACCUACACAAAAAGGAGCAAGGUCAAUACGUCGACUGGCUGCACAAAUUGCAAGCUGUUGUAACACCAAAUGAUGACGCGGACAACACUGCACGCGAGAUAUAGAUAUUUGAAUUGAUUCAAUACAUACCAUGAAGUCACUGAUUGCUGGAGGAGAAAGCUCUAUUGGUUAACUUGCAGUUUUUUAGCUGGUUUCUGUAAACCCCUUCUUGUUUUACUGAAAUAGAGAUCUAAUUUAAAUGGCCAAAUACAACUGCAUAAUGGAAUUAUAAAAGGUUCAAGAACUGUAAGUUGAGUGGAACAUACAUUUUAUUUUAUUUUGUUGAAAGAGGUAGGCGCUUUAGCAAAUUUUAUCACCAUAAA